UAUUUGAUUUUUGUCAACCGUAUCAUAUAAUAUAUCGUAUUAUAGUUUUAGAGUAUAAUAAUAGUAAUAACAAAAUGCUUCGCUACUGUAUGUAAAUCCCUAGACAAAAAGAAUAAGAAUAAAAAGAGCAAAGUUCUUCAUCCCAAGAUCAAUCAGGAGAGUCAGACUCAGACCCCAUCUCAUUUCCCAUCUCUCCUUUUCACAUUUAUUUCCUUUUUUCUUUUUACUUCUAUUUUUAUAUGUGUGAAAUUGAAAGUAAAUACUAUUAGUAUAAUGGGUCCACGGGUUCAUCCCAAGAUCCCCUCUUCCUUUUUUUUUGAACACCAAAUCCCCUCUUCCUCUCUUCUCUUUUUUUUUAGAAACUCUCAACUUCUUCACAUGGAAAUCAAUUCCCUCUAGUACUACUAAAUCCUAUUACUAUUAAGUUUGUUUUCCAAAUAGCAGCUAAGCGAAAGCAGAGAAGAUCUCCAUUUACUUUCCCUCCAGAGAAACAGAAUCCUUAUUAAAAGAGGAGUCUAAUUUAUUCGCAGGAAGAAAAAUGGCAUCUUCAUCAACAAACUCACCAUGCGCAGCCUGCAAAUUCCUCCGUAGAAAAUGCCAACCGGAGUGUGUAUUCGCUCCAUAUUUCCCACCUGACCAACCACAAAAAUUCGCAAACGUUCACAAAGUCUUUGGAGCAAGCAACGUCACGAAGCUCCUCAACGAGCUUCACCCUUCGCAACGUGAAGACGCAGUGAACUCUUUAGCUUAUGAAGCCGACAUGCGUCUUCGUGAUCCAGUCUACGGCUGCGUCGGAGUCAUCUCUCUCCUCCAACAUCAGCUUCGCCAGCUUCAGAUCGAUCUCAGCUGCGCCAAAUCUGAGCUUUCCAAGUACCAAAGCCUCGGUAUACUCGCCGCCACCCAUCAGAGCCUUGGAAUCAACUUACUCGCAGGCGCCAACGCAGAUGGAUCGACGACGGCCACAGUGAGAGACCAUCAUUAUCAUCACCACCAGUUUUUCCCUAGAGAGCAGAUGUUUGGUGGGUUAGAUGUUCCUACCGGUAACAACUACGACGGAGGGAUUCUUGCGAUUGGACAGAUCAGUCAGUUUCAGCAGCCGAGAGCAGCCGCUGGAGAUGAUGGUCGCCGUACUGUUGAUCCGUCUUGAGAUUUUAGGGUUUUGGGCGGUUCAUCGUCGUUGAUCCUGGCUUGAUCAUUGCUGAUGAAUUAUGGUUUCAGAUAAUAUAUUAAUGUGGAAGGAAAACAAAAUUAAUAUUUUUAAUCGAACGGUCCAGUCCGUCUCUCUUGAUGACAUUUGUUUCAGUUAUUAUUAUUAUUAUUACUUUUGCUAAGAUAUAUGAUGAUACUGUCACGUUUGUAUUUCUUUUAAUUAUAUGGCAACGGUUUUCGUUUUUGUU